AUGAUGCCGAGGUGCCGGCGAGUCACGGCCGAGGGCUUGCUGAGUCUCAGGGGCUUGCGCAGACUGAGGACGCUCGACCUGAGCGGCAGUUCUCAGAUAGGGCCGCUGGACUUGGAUUUUUUGUCGGCGUUGGGCGGUUUGGAGACGUUGCACCUGGCGUGCUGCGCGCACAUCACGGACCAGAGCUUGUCGUCGGUGAGGAGUCUCGCGUUGCUCAAGGAGCUCGACUUGAAGGGGGCGCGCAUAACCGACGUUGCGAUGCCGUACAUUGGCGGUUUGAGUCGGCUCACGAAUUUGUGUGUGAAGCGGUGUUCAAGGUUGACGGGGGAGGGGUUUGUGUACAUUUCUCAGCUGACGAGUUUGGAGGUGUUGGUGCUCGCGAAGUGCGUCAACGUCAGGGGAGAGUGCUUGAGGGUGCUUUCGGGCAUGUCUGGUCUCCGGGUCUUGGACGCGUCCAACUGCGCGAAGUUGCAGGACGCGCACCUGUCGUUUAUUGAGAAUUUCGUCCACUUGAGGUCGCUCAGGUUGGCGGAGUGCGCCGGGGUGAGAGGGGGGGUGAUGAGGUACUGCGAGGGGUUGUCCGGACUGAAGGAGCUCCAGAUUAGUCGUUGCAGGAGCUUAUCCGAGAUCGACGGUCUGUUCAAGUUGACCAGUUUAGAGAAGUUGGACCUUUGCGAUUGCAGUUGCGUGAACGACGCGUGUUUGGCCGCGCUGACUGCGCUCAGGCGUCUCAGAGUGCUGCUGUUGGAUGGGUGCAUGCGAAUUCGGGACGAGGGGAUCAGACACUUGUCGUCGCUGAGGGAAAUCGAAUUUUUGAGUCUUGGUUCUUGCGCAGAGCUGACCGACGAGGCUCUGAGGCACUUGACCGGACUGACGUCGCUGAACACGCUUCACAUCACCAACAACGCGAACGUGUCGAGCAGUGGUAUUGGGUGGUUGUCGCGCGUGACGGUCACGCAGUGA